AUGUCCUCAGUUCUGCCGCUCCAGCUCAGUAUCAACCUCAAGGCAAACGACCAUGACCACGACGAGGACGACGUCGAGCUUGCGCUGCCGGCCCCACCCCCCGCCGUCCCGUCGCUAUGGGGCGUACCCCUCAAGUACCUCUCACUUGUGACCUUGGCAGUCCAAAAUUCCGCCCUUACCAUCAUCAUGCACUAUUCUCGCGUCUCAACACCCGCAUCACGUACAUACUCUGCAGCAACCGCUGUUCUAAUGAACGAAAUACUCAAAGGAUUCAUCUCACUUAUGAUCGCAUACUCGCGGAUAGACGUACCGUCACCCUCAUACGAGUCGGGCCCCGUGAAAAACUCCUUGCUACGCAUACGAAAAUUGUGGAAAGAUGUGUUGAGCCCGGAUUGUUGGAAGCUUUCUAUCCCCGCUAUCCUAUAUGUCAUCCAAAAUAAUCUGCAAUAUGUCGCUGCGUCGAACCUGGAGGCAGCGACGUUCCAAGUCACGUACCAGAUGAAGAUCCUCACCACUGCCGCGUUCUCAGUCGUCCUACUGCGCAGAAAGCUGUAUCCCAGCCAAUGGAUAUCCCUCCUCUGCCUUGCUAUCGGCGUUGGCAUUGUCCAGAUUCAAGCCGGUGCGGGCAAACACGAUUCGGGCACAACGCUUUCCGAUGCUAUGGAUCCGAUGAAGGGGUUCCUGGCCGUGGUAGCCGCGUGUUUCACCUCUGGGCUUGCCGGGGUUUACUUCGAGAUGGUCCUCAAGAACUCUUCGGGCGAUCUCUGGGUUCGCAACGUCCAGUUAUCCCUCUUCUCCCUUCUUCCUGCCCUCGCGCCGAUCAUGUUCAACGAGGACCUCUACUCUCCCAGCAACGGAGAGGGUUUCAUUUCUUCCUUAUUCAGAAACUUCGGAGCAUGGGCGUGGGCAACGGUGCUUGUCCAAGUGUUGGGCGGCCUCGUCACAGCCAUGGUCAUCAAAUACUCAGACAACAUCCUCAAAGGAUUCGCCACCAGUCUCAGCAUUGUCAUUUCCUUCCUCGCGUCCGUUGCGCUGUUCGACUUCCAAAUGUCCAUCACCUUCAUCCUCGGCUCUGCUGUCGUCCUUAUCGCCACAUGGCUCUAUAACCAGCAGCCAUCACGCGUCAACCUCGCUCCAACAAAAGAACCAUGGCUCUGGUUCAAGAACGAGAAGCUAAGAGAUCUCGGUUCUCUCCGUUCGCCACCACCCGAGCCCCAAUCCCACAGCUUGACUGCGAUUUCUUCUACGACCUCCAUAUCCUCCAUGACGUCUUCGUUGAUUAACACGCCGUCUCUUUCCGACACGGAGAAGAGGACUUUUAUGUGGUAA